UCAUCGCGUCCGAGGCGAGGCUGACGUUUGUGACGCGCAUGCGCGCUGCGCGUCGAGGCAAACGGACUGCUGGGCGGUGGAGGGGCAGGCAGCGGAGCGAGGAGUGAAGCACCCCCCCCCCAACACUAACCUGCUCUUUUUGGUCCUCCUCCGCGCACGGACGCGCCGCCGCCGCCGCCAUUAUGUUGUGGUUCCCUGGCACCAUCCCGGCUGCCAUUGCCGCCGCUAAGCAGCGCAGCGCGGUGUUCGUGGUGUUCGUGGAAGGGGAUGAUGAACAGUCCACAGAGAUGGCUGCCAGCUGGGAGAAUGAGAAAGUGACUGAGGCAACAACAGAUGGCUUUGUGGCUAUUAAAAUUGAUACCAAAAGUGAAGCCUGUCUGCAGUUCUCACAAAUCUAUCCUGUAGUAUGCGUUCCAUCGAGUUUCUUUAUAGGAGACAAUGGAGUUCCCUUGGAAGUAAUUGCUGGCAGUGUUUCUGCGGAGGAACUUAUUACAAGAAUUCAUAAAGUUAAGCAGAUGCACCUGUUAAAAAAUGAAGCACUAGAAAAUUCUGCUUCAUGUUCCUCAUCUUUAUAUAGCGUCACAGAAGCCUCUCAACCCCAAAUAGCUGAGGCCUUUGAAGUGAAGCCCGAAAGACCGCAUUUAACCUCAGCUGCUGAAGUCAAUUUGAUCCAGACAAAUGAGGAAAGUGAGAGAAGGGUAGAACCACAGUCAUCAGAUGACCUUACAACUAAAGUAGAAAGAGUGACACAGAAACUUGAAGAAAGAAGAGAAGAGAAAAAGAAAGAAGAAGAACAGAAAGAAAUCAAGAAAGAAAUUGAAAGAAGAAAAAGUGGGAAAGACAUGUUGGAAUACAAAAGGAAACAGGAAGAAGAGCUUACAAAACGAAUAUUAGAAGAAAGGAGCAGAGAAAAGGCUGAAGACAAAGCUGCAAGGGAUCGCAUAAGGCAGCAGAUUGCCUUGGAUCGUGCUGAAAGAGCAGCUCGUUUUGCAAGGUCAAAGGAAGAAGCAGAAGCUGCAAAAGCUGCUGCUCUCCAGGCUAAGCAAGCUGAAAUGGAAGCCAGGAAGGAAGCAUCCCAGAGGGAAAGAAGUGCAAUAGCAAGGAUUCAGUUUCGCCUCCCAGAUGGAUCGUCCUUUACUAAUACGUUCCCUUCAGAUGCCCCCUUGGAAGAAGCUCGGCAAUUUGUUGCACAGACAGUUGGCAACACAUAUGGCAAUUUCUCAUUGGCGACAAUGUUCCCUAAAAGGGAAUUUACCAAAGAUGAUUAUGGAAAAAAAUUAUUGGACCUGGAACUUGCCCCAAGCGCUUCAGUAGUAUUGUUGCCGGCAGGAAGGCCAGCUACAGCAGUACAGUCCUCCAGUGGAGAUCUCUGGAAAUUCCUUGGCACAAUCCUUUAUCCACUCAUAGCUGUUUGGCGAUUUAUUAGCAACUUCUUGUUUACCAGCACUCCUCCUCCCCAGCCUACAGCGAGACGCCAUCAGCAGGAGCACUCAAAUCCUUCAGCAUCUAACACUGCAGAACCAAGCAGGCAAGCAGUUAGGAAACGAGUACCGGAAAAGCGAGGUGAAGAAUUCAAAAAAGAAGGCAAAAUCUAUCGUUUGAGAACUCAGGAUGAUGGAGAAGAUGAUAACAAUACAUGGAAUGGAAAUUCAACCCAACAAAUGUAGUUUGGGCAAACUGUACAUAGUAAUCAUUGAUUUUUUUUUAUUUGAUUUAAUUUCAAUUAAACUUUCUGCUGCACAAGUGGGCUUGUAUCAGUAUGCUGCCUGCAUUAUACCUUAUUCCUAGUCAUAGAACAUGGAAUAAGGUGUUAACUCAGUUGUGUAGCCGGAUACUGCAAAUGUAACUACUGCCAAAAGCUCAAAGAAUGUAAAGAAUCCCUAUCUUCCAUCAGCAUUCAGAAUUUAGAAUUUCAUACUUACUAGCCCUAUUGUCACCUGAAGGCACUUUUUAUCUAUAGAAAUCUUGGAACGAAUCAGAAGCUCAGAUUAUAGAACAAGCAAGUCUGACUAGCAGAGGUGUAAACCUAGAAAAUUGGAUAACUUAUUUUUUUUUCCCUUUAGUGCUUCUGCAAUUUCAAAAUAAUACUGGUAGUUUUUAAUCUCAAAGCAUUCAAUAAAGUUUUUUCCAAAAAAA